AUGGUUCCUGUGACAAAUAUUUAUCAUUUAGCACCCAAGAAGAAAGAAGCCAAGGCACCUAAAUCAGAAGAUAAGAAGGACGGCAAGCCGACUUCCGCCAGACGUCGGCCCCAGGAGGUGCCAUAUUCGGACAGCGACUCUGGAAGUGAUACAUACUUUGACAGGGUCCUUAACAAUUCUGACAGCUCCUCGGAAGAGGACUUCAGUCAGGGUGACAGUGACGAUUCCGACGACAGAUAUCGUCCACCUCAAGCCAGACACCAAAAACAAAGGCCCAAACCCCCAAGGGAACUCAAACGCGAGCCAAUGAGGAGCCGAAGAGAACUGGAUUAUUCGGACGCCGAAACUGCUGAGGAAGAGUACUUCAGUGAUCCUUCUACAGCAGUGCCACCUCGACGCAGACCUGGUGAGUGUCUUCACAAAGCUAACAGAAAACCGCACAGCCGACAGGUGGUUGAGCGGAAAACGACAACACGGCCAUCAAAACAAAAUGACGAAAACGACGUGAAAAUAAGACGCAAGCCUAUGCCCAAGGACAAAUACACUGAAUCACGGUUCAUGCAGUCGGACGGCAGAGACUACUCAGAUGCUGAAUGUGAGUUCCUGCUACGCUACCCACUUUUCGCUAUUAUUCAGUGUGACCACUUUGCUCACAUCCAUUCAGCCUCGUUGACGAAUCUGACGAGGAAAUGGGGCGGCACCAACAACAUCGUCAUCAUCGUCAUCAUUUUGCUCGUGGACCUCAUGCAAAAGGUUAGCCGCGGCCUAAACCAUUAG